UUGAGAGAAAAAAAAUAUACGAAGGAACGCGCCCCCGUGUGUACAGUUCCACCACUCGGAAGUGGGGAAUCUUUGUUAUGGUUGACAGUCAUUGAUUUGUCAGUAACAUCGUGUGCUAUGUGUUUUCCUUAGUUUUGGCUUUCUAGUGUUGAUUUCCUCUCUGGUUUUAAAUAUGCACGAAAUUACUUGGAACACACUAACUCUCAAAAUUUAGUAUAAAGUAUUGGUAGGGCCGUACUAGCUUCACACCAUUAAAUCCCUUCCUUAUAAGCAAGCUUGUCUUGUCCUGUGUUUAUGGUGCUGGACAAUCAAAACUUGAAGGAGAACGCGGCAGUGGUGGAGGGUGAGGUGGAAACCAUGACCUCCAGCACUCUACUUUCGCCGCUAGUGGAUUAUUAUAAUGACGAAGAAGAACUGGAGAGUGUCGAUGAAGAAGAUGAACGACUAUGUAGAGGCAGGGACUCGGAUGAAGAUACUGAAGAUGCAAGUGAGACUGAUAUAGCAAAGCACAAUGAUGAAGAUUAUGUUGAAAUGAAAGAGCAGAUGUAUCAGGAUAAACUGGCAUCACUCAAGAGACAACUGCAGCAACUACAGGAAGGUACAUUGCAGGAAUAUCAGAAAAGACUAAAGAAAUUGGAUCAGCAGUAUAAAGAAAGAGUAAGGAAUGCAGUCUACAUUGAGCUUUUCUUGCAACUGGAGACAGAACAGGUUGAAAAGAAUUAUAUCAAAGAAAAGAAAGCAGCAGUGAAAGAGUUUGAAGAUAAAAAAGUUGAACUGAAGGAAAACCUUAUUGCAGAGCUGGAAGAGAAGAAGAAAAUGAUUGAGAAUGAGAAACUCACCAUGGAACUGACUGGAGAUUCAAUGGAGGUGAAACCCAUCAUGACCAGGAAGUUGAGGAGGAGACCCAAUGAUCCUGUCCCCAUUCCAGAUAAGAGGAGAAAGCCAGCACCUGCUCAGCUGAACUAUUUGCUGACAGAGGAGCAGAUUAUGGAGGACCUAAGAUCACUAAACAAGGCGCUUCCUGCUCGCAAGCCAGAAGGCCCCCCCAAAAUUUCUGUCUCAGUCGGACUUAAAGUGUUGGACUUAAAGCUGAAAUCGCCAAAGAGACCAGUGUCUCCAUCUUCUCCUGAACAGUUGCCUAUUACUCCUACUGAUUGUCUGUCACAUAGAUAUGAAGCACGGAUAGAAGAUGGCAAGUUGUACUACGAUAAAAGAUGGUAUCACAAGAGUCAAGCAAUUUAUUUGGAAUCCAAGGACAAUGCAAAAAUUAGCUGUGUGAUUAGCUCUGUGGGAACAAAUGAGAUUUGGGUUAGAAAAACCAGUGAUAGCACAAAAAUGAGGAUCUACUUAGGACAGCUGCAACGGGGAGCAUUUGUGAUUCGUCGACGUUCGGCUGCUUAAACUUUUACUUCAGGAAAAAUGCAGAAGUCUUUAAUUUCUAAACACAGACCUAUUUUUUGGAACAGGUGUCUGUAUUAACUUCUGAGUGCUGUAGUCAGUUUUGUAACUUUCUGCCUGCACUUGAUAAGAAGAGCCUCUUUCAGGUCCACAGUUCUAGGAGGAACCAGCGAUUAUCCAGAUCAAAUUGUAAAAUUCCUAAGAUACAGAAUAUGAAGGACAACUUGGCUGAAUGUGCUUGUGCUACAAACCAAGCUGCAGUCUGACUACAGAGAUUAUGAAUGUUUUUGUAUUGCAGUUCACAGUUUCUGCAACAAAGAAAAAGGUGAAAUAAUGAGCAGCGUGUGCAUUUUUAUUUGAAUGUAAAAUAUGUUUUAACACAUACAUUGGUACUGAACAACAGAUAAAGAAUCAAGUCUUAAAGUGG